AUGCAGAGAAAAGCGCUCAGCGCCAGAACUGGAUCUGUAGUCCGCGCUCAGAAUCUGCUUCAGUGCGUUGGGGGUGAAACCGGUUCUGCAAGCGACUGUAGCAGGGCUGCGGACCCCAUGGAAAUCGGUGCCAUCAGUUCCAACACAAUCACUCCUGUACCGGGUAGGGAGUACCUCGCCGACGCCGAUGUGGAGCCUAUCUUUGGCAGGAAAAGGGAUUAG